AAACAUCGACAUACUCUUUGUUUUGUUAUGAGUUUUAUAACCUCACUAAUCACAAUGAUUUUAAAUAAGUGUUUUUUAAUUUAUUAUUGUAUUUAGUGAUUAAUAGUUUUGAUAUUAAUUCUAUGUUUCUAAAUAGCUUGACUCAUUACUUCAAAUUUUAUCAUAGGAUAUUGAUAUUUCAAUUCAACAAGUGCUUUUAAUUCGAGAUGACUAGAAAAAAGAUUGAACAUAAAAAAACAUUGAACAAGGUUAACCUAAAGGGUUUCAAGGUAACCGAUGUAGAUCGUAAAAAGCUGAUUGGCAUUGCUAGUAGCUCUCUAGAAGAUAUCAUAAUCAAAGGAAGCAAAAAGCUUAACAUAAAAAGUGGUGGAGAGGUGACUGUCCAUCUGAACGAUGGAACACAUGUCGACUCAGAGGAAUAUUUUGACACUCUUCCAUCGCAGACUGUGUUAAUCUUCAAGAAACCCGGGGAAAACAUCAUUACAGGUGCAGAUCUAAUCUACAACGUACUAAAGCAUGCAAACAUUGACGUGUUGAGAGCAGCGGGACAAGUGCAGCAAUUUUUCGAUGACAAAAUAAAAGAGAAGUUGCGAGUCCUAAGUUCAGUUGUUGAAAAUUUAGAGGAGUCGAGUGACAGAACACUCUGUAGCAGCCGAGAAGAGGAUCCUGAUUGGUUUGCUGGGCUUGAAACCAACGCUAAAACAAAGGAGUCUUUUAUGUUCCGCAGGAGCCAAGAUCGUAUCAGAGGAUAUCUGUAUAAAUCGCAAUCUGAUCUCAAGAAAAAUCCAGAAGUUCUCAAUAACGCUUCAGUUCUGAAAGUUGUUGAGGUAUCUUUUUCAGCGUUCAAGGAUCUGUUAAGGAAAGACGCGUACUUCGGCUGCUACCUUGACAGGAGCGAGACAGGUGCAAUGUGCAACAAGGAGGGUGAAUUCGCGUGCGCGGGCGUGUGGAAGAACGGCAAGUGUUUGUACGAAGGCAGACGAAUGCACCUCAUCAACCCGUACUCUAGUCGGGAGGCUAGAAUCAUAUUUUCAACGUGGAAUCUGGAUCAUUGUAUUGAGAGAUCACGCACCAUACUUCCAUCUCUGUUGUGGGCUUCCAAAGAAGUCGCUCUCACUUGUAACAAACAGCAGGCUGUGAACAACUCCUACUUCUACAAUCUGCUGUUCACUGCUGCCAACUUAAGACUGGUCCACAUUGUAUGUCACGACAAAGGCAAGCAUGAUACUGCCAACUGUGACAAAGAUAAAUUGAUCGUUCCAUUAUGACAAUACCUACUAAUAAUGCCUUAUUAUACGAUUAAUAGAUAAUGGCCCAUAUGAAUAAAACCACAGCAAAUGCUCAUGAGCAAGAGCAUGGAGAAUAAGGUUUUGCUCAUGAUCAAAAGGUAGAAGCAAAAGCAUUGGCUCAUUUUUAUAUGAAUAAUCUUUACCUUAUGCUCCUGAACUCUGGAGCAAAUGCUCACGUAUUUUAAAGAUUUUUUAUCAGCUGAUUCGCUUUUGUAGCCUUACUUUGUUUUUAUAGCUCACGGAAGCGUCGUCUGCUCUGUUUUCUAUUUAUGAAUAGAGUUUUAGGUUAGUUGAGUUUAGAAUUUUGAAA